AUGUGCGAGCAUACCAUAUACGAAGGCGGAGAGGUGACUUUCCUCGUCCAAGAGGAUCCCAACGCUGCAUCAACCCUAUCCCCGACCAUCAAGGCCGAAGACUCCGACGCCCUCGCCAUGCAACUCUCCAACGUCGCCAUCUCCCAGUGCCCUCCCCGGAAGAAAGCCAAGCACUCGCAUGCUACCCAGGAGCAAGCCACCCCCCGCACGCAGUCCAGACCCAGACGCAACUCCCAUCGCCAUCGCCAUCCCCAUCCUCAGACAAAAGACAACCACCACCACAACCCCAAGCACAAACAACCGACCCCAACCCCCACCCCGCCUCCCACCAUCCACAAAAUCCACACCUCCAAAGCCCACCUAGCAAGCGCAUCCCCCUACUUCGCCCGCAUGCUCACCAGCCCGCACUGGACCGAAGGCCGGACCCUCAACCAAACCUGCCACCUCACCCUGACAGUCGACUGGCCACUGACCCCCUUCCUCCUCCUCAUGCGCAUCCUCCACCACCAAACGCACCCAUGGCCGGAGAAGGUCGACCUCCCCACGCUAGUCGACGUAACCAUCAUAGCCGAUUACUACGGGUGCGUGCACGUCGUGAAGUUCCACGUGAGCCCGUGGCUACACCAGCUGGAGCUCCGUCUGCCGCGCUGGUACACCGAGGAAGUUGUGAUGCAGUGGAUCUUCGUGGCGUGGGUGUACGGCCGCGAGGACGCGCUGCGGUGCUGCACGCGGAUGGCGAUCGAGAAUGCCACCGACGAGGUGCGGGCGGAUGUGUAUGGACUGCCGGUUUGUGGGAAGAUUAUCGAGAGCAUCAACCACUGGCGCUGCAGGGCGAUCUUCCGCGUGCGGAGGGCGCUGAAGCACAUGAGGAGAGAGUUCCUUAUGGAUCUGCGUGGCGAGGGCUUUGAUACGAAUGCUACGUGGCUUGGGGCGUUGGAGAUUAAUUGCCAUAGGGGACGGAUUCGGUUGAGGGAGGAGUUUGAGGGUGAGGAUGAGGGCGAGAAAGAAGAACCGUACGUGGGGGAAAGCUAUCGCGGGCUGGUUAAGAAGAUCGAUGGGUGGAGGAAUCCUGAGGGGUAUGAUCUUAAGGCGGCGUUGGAUUUGCCGAUUGUGAUUCAGGGGGUUACUUGGAAGGUGAUCCGGGAGUAUCCUUAUGCUAGGGUUGAGUGA